AUGGGUCAACUGUUCUCUUUGACAACUAAUGAACAGGGUGAAGAUUUACCCUCCAGCUUUGCAAAAUAUUUUAAGAAAUUUAAGACAGGACACAAAAUCAUUUCUGAGGAAAUCAUCACUUCAGUUGAAUUAAGCAUGACAAAAGGGAACAUUCAAAUGGCAAACUCUGCAAUCAGUGAGGCAUUCAGAGAAAUUGAUAGUACACCGCUCAAUGUUGCUGUCACCGGGGAGUCUGGAGCAGGAAAGUCCAGUUUCAUCAAUGCCCUGAGAGGCAUUGGGCAUGAAGAGGAAGGUGCAGCUGAAAUUGGGGUGGUGGAGACAACCAUGUGGAGACACAAAUACCAACACCCCAGUAUGCCUAAUGUGGUCAUUUGGGACCUGCCUGGGAUUGGAACCACAAAUUUUCCACCAAAAACAUAUCUAGAAAAGAUGAAAUUCUAUGAAUAUGACUUCUUCAUUAUUAUUUCAGCCACCCGCUUUAAGAAAAAUGAUAUAGACCUCGCCAAAGCAAUCAGUAUGAUGAAGAAGGAUUUCUACUUUGUGAGAACCAAGGUGGACUCUGACUUACGAAAUGAAGAGAACACCAAACCACGAUCCUUUGACAGAGAAAAAGUCCUGCAGAACAUCCGCCUUAACUGUGUGAAACACUUCAAGGAGAAUGGCAUGGAUGAGCCACCAAUCUUCUUGAUCUCUAACAUAGAUCUUUCUGACUAUGAUUUCCCAAUCCUGAUGGACAAGCUGAUAAGUGAUCUCCCUGUAUACAAGCGACACACUUUCAUGCUCUCCUUACCCAAUAUUACAGAUUCAACCAUUGAAAUGAAGAGACAAUGUUUGAAGCAGAGGAUUUGGCUCGAAGCCUUUGCAGCUGACCUACUGAGAAUCCUCCCUUCACUGACUUUCCUCUUGGACAGUGAUUUGGAGACUCUGAAGAAAUGCCUGAAGUUCUAUCGCACUGUGUUUGGGGUGGAUGAUGCAGCUUUGCAGAGUUUAGCUAAGGACUGGCAAAUGCCGUUGGUUGAGCUCGAGGCCAUGAUGAAAUCUCCGAUCGUGUUCAAACCUACAGAUGAAGAAACAAUACAUGAAAGGCUUUCAAGAUAUUAUCAUGAUUACUGUUCGGCUAAUGGACAUUUACUUACUAAUAAUCGUGAUCUUAGAGAAAUAUCUUACCUGAAAUAUUAUUUCCUUGACAUAGUGACUGAGGAUGCUAAAACUCUUCUCAAAGAGAUAUGUGUAAGAAACAAGUUGGUUUCUAAUUAGCAUGAAGUUGUGUGGCUGUAAAAAAAAAUGAGGAUCGAUGACAGAAAAAUAGGAUGGCGAUAUUGGAAAUCAAUAUACUGUGUUUAUUCAAGCUAUUCAGACUUUAUCCAUAUUUAGUGAUUACAUAUCCACACUAGCUGUAGCAAGGGGACCAGAUUUGUAUAAAUAAGGUGAUAACUAAAAACUGUCUCCUCACUUUAAGUAACUCUAAGAUCAAGUAAUUCUACUUGCAUUUUAAUUUGUUAAGUACAAAUUGACAUCCACAUUCAGGGUUAGCAUUGUGGUGGUUAGUAUUGUCAACUGGACAGACUCUAGAAUCACCUGAAAGAUUAAUCUCUGAGCUUGCAUUAGAGAAGUUAUUUUACUUAAGUUAACUGAGGUAGGAAGCUCUGCCCACUCUGGGAGGCACCAUUCCCUAGCUUGCAUUCUUUGUGUAUAUGGAGAGGGGGCUAAGCAUCAGCAUAGUAGCAUUCUUUCAUAGCUCUUCAGUUGCUGUUUAUUUAAACUGUGCACAAGUGGCACUAGCUGCUUCAAGGCACUUCAGGGACUUCUUGAUAGUAAUGGGCUGUAUAACCUUGCACAUGAUAAUGUAGGUGCUCUUUACAGAGAUGUUAAAGGAGAAACCAUAACCAGGCUGGAGAGAUGACUCCGUAAACAAAGUAGACCUUGCAAGUCUGAAGACCUGAGCUCAUAUUCCCAGAAUCCACAUAAAGCCAGCAUCUGUCAUUCAUGCACUUCUAUGGUGAGAGGGGAGGCAGAAAGAAAAAAAUUUUGGAAGAUCACGGGGCCAGCUAUCCUGCCACAUGCAGGAGUGAAUAAGAAGCCCUGAAACAAGCAAGUGAAAGGUAAAAGUCAACACACAAGCUUGUUCUCUGAUCUCUGCAUACAUGCCAUGUAAUACUGUUCAUGCCUGUAUCACACAUAGAAAUACACACACACACACACACACACACACACACACACACACACAAAGAUUUUUCGUUAAAAAAAGAAGGAAGAUUUGAGGCACUACUAGCUCAGGGGUAUAAUAUAUGCCUCACAUUCAUAAGGCCUCAAAGUCAAUCCUAGCACUCAAGGAAAAGGCAAAAAGUGUGUCCAGGGAUGGCUCCGAGGUUAAGAUAGAUGGAUCAGAGUUUAAGAAUAAUGGUUGUUCUUCCAGAGGACCAGGAUUCAAUUGCUAGAACACAUACAGUAGCUCAAUGUUACCGGCACCUCCCAUCCCAGGGAAUCUGAUAUCAUCUCUUGAUCUCCACAAGAUUAGGCAUACAUGCAAGGCAUACAUUCACACAAUAAUGGUAAAUACAGGAAAAAAUUUAGAUAUGUGGUUAAAUUAAAAGGGUAGAGAAAAACGAUAACCUAGAAAUCAAAAUAGCCGUAAUAACGACUAAGAAUUUUUAAAAAAAAUCUAUUUAGUCAGAAUCCUUGAGAAAAUAAAGAAGCUCUCUAAUUGUAUACCAGAACUAGGGGAGAAGAGGAAAUUUCUCUGCUUUAUACUGAUCGGUGCUUUGGAUGCUGUGAUAGAAAAUGGUUGCUCUACUCCACAUCAAUACCAAAAGUCAUUUAAUAAAUUCUUCCUGAAAAAAAA